AUGUCUACCGUGGACUCCGAAAAGAGUCACCUGCCCACUCCAAAACAAGAUGUAUCAGUCACUAUUGGGAGUGUCGACAUCGACUCUCGAGCAGAGCGCACAUUAGUCUGGAAGUUUGAUCUUCGGCUACUUCCUGUGUUGGCUAUCAUGUAUCUCUUCAAUAGCCUGGACAAGUCCAAUUUGGGCAAUGCUAAGACAGCUGGACUUACAGAGACACUCUCCCUGAAGGGGAAUCAGUACAACCUUAUUCUUAGCAUCUUUUUCAUCCCUUACGUUUUGACUGCACCUUUUCUCGGUCUUUUGGGGAAGAAAUAUGGACCAAACAUUGUGCUACCUUGCAUGAUGCUUGCCUUCGGUCUUUGUACAAUUCUUGUUGUCGCUGUUUUCAACUUCAGCGGUCUCCUCGCCAUUAGGUGGUUUUUGGGCAUGGCAGAGAGCGCGUUCUUCCCGUUGGUGAUCUAUUACCAAACGACUUUCUAUCGUCGGGGUGAGCUAGCUCGCCGACUCGCUAUUUUCUACGCUGCCCAGACUAUUGCCUCUGCCUUCUCCGGCUUGCUGGCAUUUGGCAUUUUCCGCAUCAAAACUGGUCCAUUGGCGUCCUGGAGGUAUCUCUUCCUGAUCGAAGGCGCAGGGACUAUUCUCUUUGCACUAUUUGCACUGUGGUAUCUACCUCGGUCGGCCUCAGAGGCAAGUUUUCUGACACCUGAAGAGAAACAACUCGCAUACCUUCGUUUGCAGAUUGACAGUUCUUCUGUGGUCAACGAAAAGCUGGACAUCCGGGAUGCGUUCAAAGUGUUUAAACACCCAACUAGUUGGGUGAUUUUAGGCAUUCAAAUUUGCCUUGGUGUUCCCUUGCAAGCUGUUCAGCUAUUCCUUCCGGUGAUAAUCCAGCGCCUUGGAUAUAGUACUGUGAAAACCAACCUAUUCACCGUGGCACCAAAUAUCUCAGGCGCUGUGGUUCUCCUUAUCCUGGCGUUCAGUAGUGACUGGACGAGAUGGAGAUUCCCCUUCAUUGCACUCGGGUUUUUGUUCACCUUCGUGGGGUUCAUAAUUUAUGCGACUAUCGAUGUGCAGCAUGACCUACAUGUAGCCUAUUUUGCUUCAUUUCUGAUGACUUGGUUGGUUCAUUUCCCUCCAAUCCGAGAUAGCUGGAAGCUCACAAGGUUAUUUAGGGGCACCUCUGCACCUUCCGUUCUUCUCGACGCCUGGUAUAAUAACAACACUGCUGAUGAAGGUCGUCGUGUGGUAUUAACGAGUAUUGCUGUCCCAUUGGCGAACUUGAUGGGGGUCGUCAGCUCGAACAUCUUUCGCACGCAAGAUGCACCCACGUAUCUUCCUGCGUUAAUCACUACGGCGUCGUUUGGUGGAGUUGGUAUUGUCUUGACACUCUGUCUGGGGCUUUGGAUGAUGGCGGAUAAUAGGAAGAGAGACCGACUGCAAGGUGUUCACCUUAAGGCAAGGGAUAUCCCUACAGAAUAUCUCAAGGAUGGGCCUGCGUGUGAUAGCUUCCGCUGGUUUUAUUGA